AUGUGCCGGAAACCAGGAGAUGAAAUCAUCAUUAGAGAAGGGAGUAAACCUGGAUUAGUGAUAACAGAUAUUCAAGGUGCUGGUGGCAAACUGCCUUAUGAUGUCAUGAAAAAUACAGCGGGUUAUGCUGCUUAUAGACUCCUCGAACAUCUAGGAGAGACAGAUCGUCCGCUCGAGAUGGAGAUCCACAAAAAAAUGCCUUUUGGUAGUGGUUUGGGUUCUUCGGCUGCAAGUGCGGCAGGA